AUGCUCGUAGCCACACUCGCUCCAACCUCCGGCUGCGGCCUCCAGACCGCCGGCCACCACCGUCCGGGAGAGGUUAGGGACUACACGCUCCGUACCACCGUGUCUUUCCUUUCCGUCGAGAACCGACUCUCGCUUCCGAACAGCUAUGACCCGAGCACGCCCGGACCGCUUCUCAUGCACCACCACGGCUGGGGCGAGUCGCGAUCGUCGCCCUCUGGCAGCGAGUUUCACCAGCACGGAAAGGUCUCGGGCUAUGCGGUCGUCUCCAUCUCGGGAUACAGAGACGGCAAAUGGUGGAACCGCAGGUCGUGGAACGGCGCCGGCUCGACGCAGUCGCCCCGUUCCGCACUCGGAGCCACUUGUUUGCCCCAAACCCAGGACUUCUGCUACUCGGAUUCAUGCGGCGCGUGCGCCGACAACUGCUGGUGGACGACGUGCCAGGACUCGGUGGCACAGACGCUGGCAGUGCUCGCCGAGGUGGUGGGGGGGCAUUGUAUCGACGAGGACAGGGUCUUCAGCACAGGCGUCUCCAACGGUGGCGCCUACCAGUUCACGCUCGGCUACGACGCGCGCUCGUCGGGCAAGUUUGCCGGCAUAUUCCCGAUCGUCGGCAGUCCCCACGCGGGCUUUGUGCGCGGCCUGCCCAACGGGCCCGUCCCGCUCUUGGCCGUGUGGGGACACUCCGACACCACCAUGCCGCCCUGCUACAACGGGCCCGGGUCCCAAGGCGUUGUCGACGCGCACACGGGCAGCGCCGAUACCGCCCUGGACACCGCUUACACGGGUCACUUUUACUCGACGGCGCGCAACGCCACCUCUGCUUGGGCCGCCGCGUCGGGCUGCACGGCGGCGCCAAGCUACGACCCCUGCAAUGGCGUCCUGCGCAACGCCAGCGAGGGCCACAGCUUCUACCCGGUCGCGUCGGACACCAUUCACUGUGUCCAAUGGUCGGGCUGCGAGAUGGGUGUCGAGGUGAUCGAAUGCAUCGACACGAGGGCGGGGCACUGGUCCCCCUCGAACUGGCACGACGAGAUCUGGGCUUUCAUGCAGCGGUCGAUCCGCCCCGGUUCGUCCCGCAAUGGCCCAGGUUGAUAUUCGGCACUCUGCGGCUGCCCUCGUCGCUCGCUUCUCCCUGGUCUCGUCGCGUCCCCUUUCUCCUCCUUGAUUUGUUCUAGUGUGUGCCGAAAUACGUAGAAACUCGUCCGUCACGAUAGAAAGAUUUUCUUAUAGCUAGACGAAGGUGAAAAAGAAA